AUGCUACGCCAACCUCACUCGAUUCAGUUGAUCACCCGGUCUCGUCGCUCAUCCGCGCCCGUCGCUCACCCGCUCUCGUCGCUCACCCGCUCUCGUCGCUCACCCCCUCUCCUGCUCUCGUCGCUCACCCGCUCUCGUCCGCUCUCGUCGCUCACCCGCGCUCGUCGCUCACCCGCGCUCGUCGCUCACCCGCUUUCGUCGCUCAUCCGCACUCGUCGCUCAUCCGCUCUCGUCGCUCAUCCGCGCUCGUCGCUCACCCGCGCUCGUCGCUCAUCCGAUCUCGUCGUUCAUCCGUGCUCGUCGUUCAUCCGCGCUCGUCGUUCAUCCGCACUCGUCGCUCAUCCGCACUCGUCGCUCAUCCUCGCUCGUCGCUCAUCCGCGCCCGUUGCUCACCCGCUCCCAUCGCUCACAUCACCCCUUCCCUGGUAG